AUGGCGGCGGCAGCGGUGACUGCAGGGUCCGUGGCGGCAUCUGGUGCUGGUGCAGCUGCUGCACCAAGUGGGGUGGGUUCGGGGGGCCCAACUCUCACCGGGACCCUCAACAAGAAGAAGAAGCCGUUCCUGGGCAUGCCAGCGCCGCUCGGUUACGUGCCGGGUUUGGGUAGAGGUGCCACUGGUUUCACAACGCGUUCUGAUAUUGGUCCUGCUCGCGAUGCCAACGACCCAGUUGAUGACCGCCAUGCUCCCCCAGGAAAAAGGACUGUUGGUGAUCAAAUGAAAAAAAAUCAGGCAGAUGAUGAUGACGAAGAUUUGAAUGACACUAACUAUGAUGAGUUUAAUGGAUAUGCUGGAAGUUUGUUCUCAAGUGGCCCAUAUGAAAAGGAUGAUGAAGAAGCUGAUGCAAUCUAUGCUGCAUUGGACAAGCGAAUGGAUGAAAGAAGGAAAGACAGAAGGGAACAGCGGGAAAAAGAAGAAAUUGAAAAGUACCGUAUGGAACGUCCAAAAAUCCAGCAACAGUUUUCCGAUCUGAAGAGAAAACUUUCAGAAGUUACAGAAGAAGAAUGGUUAAGUAUCCCUGAAGUUGGAGAUGCUCGUAACAAACGUCAACGAAAUCCUCGCUAUGAGAAACUGACACCUGUACCAGAUAGUUUCUUUGCCAAACAUUUACAAACUGGAGAACAACACACAUCUGUAGAUCCCAGACAGACGCAAUUUUCUGGUUUGACAUCACCUUAUCCUGGUGGCUUGAAUACACCAUACCCAGGUGGAAUGACACCCGGCCUUAUGACACCAGGAUCAGGAGAACUGGACAUGAGAAAGAUUGGUCAAGCCCGAAACACCUUGAUGGAUAUGAGGCUGAGCCAAGUGUCCGAUUCUGUCAGUGGACAGACUGUUGUUGACCCUAAAGGCUAUCUCACCGACUUGAACUCGAUGAUUCCAACCCACGGUGGAGAUAUUAAUGAUAUUAAAAAAGCCAGAUUGCUGCUUAAGUCGGUACGUGAGACCAAUCCUCAUCACCCUCCAGCAUGGAUUGCAUCUGCAAGACUUGAGGAAGUAACCGGAAAACUGCAGGUGGCAAGGAACCUAAUUAUGAAAGGAACAGAGAUGUGCCCAAAGAGUGAAGAUGUUUGGUUGGAAGCAGCCCGAUUGCAGCCUGGUGACACAGCUAAAGCAGUAGUAGCAAAUGCAGUCCGACACCUGCCACAGUCUGUGCGUAUAUACAUACGAGCAGCAGAAUUGGAAACUGACAUUAGAGCCAAGAAACGGGUUUUGAGAAAAGCCCUGGAGCAUGUGCCCAAUUCAGUGCGUUUAUGGAAAGCCGCAGUUGAACUUGAAGAACCUGAAGAUGCACGUAUUAUGCUCAGUAGAGCUGUUGAGUGCUGCCCAACAAGUGUUGAACUUUGGCUUGCUUUAGCAAGAUUGGAGACCUAUGAGAAUGCACGAAAAGUGCUCAACAAAGCAAGAGAAAACAUCCCAACAGAUAGGCACAUUUGGAUUACUGCAGCAAAGCUAGAAGAAGCUAAUGGGAAUACCCAGAUGGUUGAAAAAAUUAUUGACAGAGCUAUUACUUCACUAAGAGCUAAUGGAGUGGAAAUUAACAGAGAACAAUGGAUUCAGGAUGCAGAAGAGUGUGAUAGAGCAGGAAGUGUUGCCACCUGUCAGGCUAUUAUUCGUGCAGUUAUUGGAAUCGGUGUUGAAGAAGAAGAUCGAAAGCAUGCAUGGAUGGAGGAUGCAGAAAGUUGUAUUUCCCAUGGAGCACUUGAAUGUUCAAGAGCAAUUUAUGCACAUGCCCUCCAGGUUUUCCCAAGCAAAAAAAGUGUGUGGUUGAGAGCUGCGUACUUUGAAAAAAAUUAUGGCACCAGAGAAUCUUUGGAAGCCCUUUUGCAAAGAGCUGUGGCUCACUGCCCAAAAGCGGAAGUUCUUUGGCUAAUGGGAGCUAAGUCUAAAUGGUUAGCUGGAGAUGUGCCUGCAGCUAGAAGUAUUCUUGCACUUGCGUUUCAGGCUAACCCAAACAGUGAAGAAAUUUGGUUGGCUGCAGUUAAGCUGGAGUCUGAGAACAAUGAAUAUGAAAGAGCACGAAGACUGCUAGCUAAAGCUAGAAGCAGUGCUCCCACUGCAAGAGUAUUCAUGAAAUCUGUGAAAUUGGAAUGGGUGUUGGGAGACAUUCCUCGAGCUCGAGAGUUGUGUGAUGAAGCAUUAAAACAUUAUGAAGACUUCCCAAAACUGUGGAUGAUGAAGGGUCAGAUUGAAGACCAAGUCGAAAAUACAGAGAAAGCCCGUGAAUCUUACAAUCAGGGGUUAAAGAAAUGUCCACAUUCCAGUCCACUGUGGUUGCUUCUAUCCAGACUUGAAGAGAAAGCUGGUAAUCUUACAAGGGCAAGGGCUAUCUUAGAAAAGGCAAGGCUGAAAAAUCCACAAAAUCCGGAAUUAUGGUUGGAAUCUGUAAGAUUAGAGUACAGGGCUGGUUUGAAAAAUAUUUCAAAUACUUUAAUGGCAAAGGCGCUACAAGAAUGCUCCAAUUCUGGUAUUCUUUGGGCUGAAGCUGUUUUCCUGGAAGCAAGACCACAAAGAAAGACCAAAAGUGUAGAUGCUCUGAAGAAAUGUGAGCAUGAUCCUCAUGUCCUCCUUGCAGUUGCAAAACUGUUCUGGAGUGAACGUAAAAUAACCAAGGCUAGAGAGUGGUUCCACAGAACUGUCAAAAUUGAUCCUGAUCUUGGAGAUGCUUGGGCUCUGUUCUACAAAUUUGAGCUACAGCAUGGCACUGAGGAACAGCAUGAGGAUGUGAAAAGGCGUUGUGAAAAUGCAGAGCCAAGACAUGGAGAAUUAUGGUGUGAAGUGUCAAAAGACAUUAAGAACUGGCAAAGAAAAAUUGGAGAGAUUCUUAUGCUUGUAGCUGCUCAAAUAAGAAAUACGUUUUGAAAUUUUGUUUGAAGAUAUUGUAUCUAAAGAUUUGCUUUUUUUUAUUAGAAUAGCUUAAUCUUUCAUUGCAGAAAUCUGUUAUCUCCUCUGUCUUCCUUUCCCCAUGUAAUUUUGUUACAUGUAAUUUAUGCAACUUCUAAAAUUUUCUGCUGGGAAACUAUUUGUUAUUGUGUACAAUACUAUUUUAAAAUAAAUAGUGUCUUCAUAGUUUUAAGCAGUGGAUAAUAUAUUUUUAAAAACUGAAGAUGUUGGAUGUAGUAUAGUAACUGUUAACUGCUGGAGGGUGGAAAAAUUAAAUAAAUAGAUUCUGUGGGUACAGGAAACUUGCAUAAAUGGCUGGAGAAAAAUUGCAUGUGAAAUACGAUUUUGUUGUUCAAGUAAGUUGUUUUAGUUACCAUGUUAAAUCUACAAGAACUAUUAAGUCUGUUCAGUCUGAAUACUUUUUAAUACAGUUCAAAUUCAAAAUAGUGUUCUGAGUUAUGGGCUUUGUCUCAAUUAUGCUAUCCUGAAUGAGUAAAAUUGUUUUGAAUUUAAGGAUAGCAUUGUAUGUUCCUGUUAUAAUUUCCAUAUGCAAUUACGUUCCUAAAAUCAUACAGUAGAUAGUUUUGUCAGUGUGUGGUUGUAGAACCAUCUGGAAUGAAGACUGAAUCAAAUGGCCCACUUGCAAUACUGAAUGCUAUUUCCAUACGUAGGCACUGCACGCACAUUUGCUCUAAAAUUAGCAAAUUGGAGUAAUAAUUUGAAAGUUACGCAACAAUGCCAUUUGUUUGCUAUGAAAACCGCUAUGUGUAGGACUGGCAGAAAUUUUAAAAAGCCAGCUUUAGAAUGAGUUGCUUCUUUUGCUCAAAUGAAGGCUUAACAGUCUCCGGUUCCUCCCGCAGUCCAAAGAUGUGCAAUAUGUUCUACGUUAGGUGGAUUGGCCAUAUAAAAUUACCCCAUGGUGUCCAAGGAUGUGUAGGCUAGGCAGAUUAGCCAGGGUUAAUGCAGGGAUGGAGUAGGGAACUGGGUCUGAAUGGACUCUGGGCCUGCUUUCUGCACUGUAGGGAUUCCAUGAUUCUAUAAUGGAAGUGAAGGAAACAACAGUUUAACGGUAGGCAAGGCACACCAAUCUAAAAAGUAUUUGGGCUAAACAAUUAAAUCCAUUAUUUCCUUCAAAGAUCAAUCACCAGGGGGAAAGAAAAAUGUCAAACCUGAAGUAUGAAGUUAAAAAUCACACAACACCAGGUUAUAGUCCAACAGGUUUAACUGGAAGCACACUAGUUUUCGGAACAUCGCUCCUUCAUCAGGUGGUAGUGGAGGGCUCAAUCCUAUCACAGAAUUUAUAGUAAAAAUUUACAGUGUGAUGUAACUGAAAUUAUACAUUGAAAAAUUGAUAAGUCUUCAAUCUGUUUGAAUACCAUGAUAGUUUCACUUCUUUCAUGUGUAAAUCACAAAACCUUUUAUAAAAGUUGCAUUCUCAGGUUAGCUGUUAACAAUGGGUGAUAGCUAGACAAUAUGUUGAAGGUGUUAGCCCCCUGUGUUCUCGGUCUAUGCCAUGAUGUUUAGAUUGAUUCUAUUCUAAAAAGUGAGAUAUCAGAGUUUUACAUGAAUGCAUGCAGUUUUUAAGCAAAGUAAAUGUAACCCUGAAAGUACAAAUUCACCCACAAAAUGUGUGCGCAUGUGGGUCUUUGUCUGUCAGGGUACGAUGCCUAACUCAUCGACCUCCAGUUCCGACGUGCCACAGCAAGGAACCGUAAUGACCUCCUCAGGAGGCAGGUAUGAGCUGCAACUGACGGUACCAACACCGGCAUCUCCAAAUACUGAAGGAUGAAAGUCACGUGUGUACGUUUUGUUACCACUUUCUGUAAAUAUAUUAAAUUGUGCUAGAU